AUGGCGGUAGGUACUUUAAUCAUGUGUCCAAGGUUUACCAGCAAGCCAACUGCUGCAGAUCUGCACCUCGCUGUAGCGCAGAGAAACACGGCUGGGGUGGAAAGUAUUGUGGCAUCCGGUGUUAACAUAAAUUCUUCCAUCCGAGGAACUACCCCACUAGGCCUAGCCAUCUACCGGCGUUACGAUGAUGUGGUCGAGAUACUUGUUCAGGCUGGAGCUGACGUCAACCAGCGAAGUCAAGAUCACUUGGAGAGAAUCGAGCCGCCUUUGUGCAGUGCAUGUCGCCUUGGUAAUUUGGCUGUGGUGAAAAUUUUACUUCAAACUCCUUCCAUAGAUGUAAACAAGCGUGACUUUUUUAACAAAACGCCUCUUUGGACAGCUGUUAAAGAAAAACGACCCGACUUAGUGAAGUUGUUGUUAGCCAACAAAGCUGACGUGAAUGCGGGAGAAAUUUGGAGUGAAUGUCCUCUACAUUUGGCAACAAAAUACAGGGGACGUCGGGAAAUUGCAGACAUGCUUAUACGAAGCGGGUGUAGAGUAAACGUUGCGGACUCCGACGAUAGGACUCCUUUAUUUUGGACAAUUCAACACUCGGAUCGGAGAAUUUUCACAUUAUUAAUUUAUGGGGGUGCAAAAAUAAAAAAUCCAGAUUGGUUGUCUCAGUCCAGCUUACCGCUGUCGUGGAAAAACGACAGAACAUUUUGUGAAUGGGUAGAAAAACUUCGAGUAACUCCACCAAGGUUAAGCUGGCUAAGUCGAAACUGUAUCAGACGCUGGUUAGCUUUAAGAUGGAAACAGUUGGACAAUUCUACUAUAGAUCUACUACCUCUACCAAAAAGACUGAAAGAUUUCGUUAGGCUUCUAGAUGUUAAAGAGACUUGA